AUGGCUGCCUUAGGGGACGAGGUGCUGGAUGCUUACAUGUACCCGGCGUGCGCCCCCUACUCAUACCCCUUCCCCUACCCGCCGGCCGCCAAGGCCAAGGGCGCGGCGGUUGGGGAUGGCUGGUGGCUCCGAGGCGGGGGCUACCCGGCCGCCGCCUCCCCCUUGUCCUCCUCUGCGACAGGGGCGGCCUCGCCGUCCUUUCCCGGCUGCGCGCCGUUGACGGCCGCCGAGAACUUGGACAGCUACCGACGGGCGCAGCUGGUGGCCCUCCUGUCGCAGGUGAGCCCGGGCGUCGGCCGCCUCCCGCGCCGGACCAGCAACCGCGACGUGGCGGUGCAGGUGAACCCGCGCAGGGACGCGGCGGUGCAGUGCUCGCUGGGACGCCGCACGCUGCAGCGCCGGCCGCGCGACCCCAGCCCCCCGGCCGGCCGGGUCCCCAGCGCCGAGGGCGCGGCGGGCGGCGGCUCGGCCUCCCCGCAGCCCGGCAGCCCUGCGGCCGGCGCCCCGCGGCCCGUGCGCUUCCCGCGCACCGUCGCCGUGUACUCGCCCGUGGUGUCCCGCCGCCUCACCGCCUUCCUGGAGGACGAGCCGAGGCCCGGGACGCCGGAGGGAGAGCGAGGGCCGCGCCCCGCGAGGCCGCCAAGCCCGGAGGAGGGCCAGGAGGCGGCGGAGAAGGCGUCCCGACAGCCGCGGUCGGAGGAGGACGAGUGGGAGCAGCCGACCGACGGGCCCGGGCUGUCCCCGCGGGAAGCCCGGGAUGGCGGGGUGGCUCCGCAGCCCGCGCCGAGAAGUCGACAGCAGCUCCCGGCGGCGGGAAGGCCGGAGGACGGUGGGGACGGCGGGGACCGCGGGGACGGCGCGGAGGCGGCCGCCGCGCUGGAGGGGUCGUCGCCGCGGAGCGUAACGCCGGGCAAGGAGCGCCUGCGCUUCCAGUUCUUAGAGCAGAAGUAUGGCUACUAUCAUUGCAAGGACUGUAACAUCCGGUGGGAGAGUGCCUACGUGUGGUGUGUACAAGGCACCAACAAGGUUUACUUCAAACAGUUUUGCAGAACUUGUCAGAAGUCUUACAAUCCUUACCGAGUGGAGGAUAUCACGUGUCAAAGUUGUAAAAGAACUAGAUGUUCCUGCCCAGUGAGACUUCGCCACGUGGACCCUAAACGUCCCCAUCGGCAAGACUUAUGUGGGAGAUGCAAAGGCAAACGCCUGUCAUGUGACAGCACUUUCAGCUUCAAAUAUAUCAUUUAGCAAAUGUAAAAAUGGUUCUGUCUAACAUCGUCAGUGGAGUAGACAAGGGAACUUCAUUUCAUGCUCCUCCUUCCCUCUCCCUUCUCAAAAUAGCUUGUGAAAGGCAGUGUACUCUGACAAAGCCUUCAAAUAAAGGUAUUGCAAAACGGUGCCUAAGACUCCGCAACUUAUGUCUCGAGGUUGGCCUGUCACCUUCACUUCAUUAACAUCUGUCUAUAGCAUGCAGUGGACCAGGCUGAGGUGAAAUACGAGCAGCUGUUCCUCACGCAUAGACCUAAAUCAGCGCUGUGCUCUGGCACUGGACAGUCUUUGCAGACAGGUCAUCCAGUGAUUUCCUCAGAUUAAGGUAAGCUGUGGCUAAUAGCUACAUUUUCUACAUCACAAAAGAAAAUAUUUUUGUUGUGCAAAAGUCCUUUGGCUAUCUUAGAAGUAGCAUGAACAAAUUGCCAGAUCUCUUUUGCUGUUACUUCAUAAACAAUAAAUUUAAUGGAGAAAGGGUUGUAUGUAGUAAAAACUGGGUUCUAAGCAGAAUGAAAUAAGGUAAUAGAUUAAGCACUUGAUGUAGUUUAUCAGUAAUACGAGGGGAAAAUAAGUGUAAGUUUGGGAAAAAUCCAAUUGCAAAAAUAUAUCCUAAUGAACUUGGUUGCAUAUUGCUUUCUAUAGGUGUACU